AUGUCCGGUAGAGGUGGAGGAGGUGGAAGGGGUCGCGGCGGCUUCGGUCGCGGCGGCGGCAGAGGCGGCGGGCCCGGCGCAAACCUUCCCCCCAUGGGCCUCAGCUUUCAGGAGCUCGGAAUGAUGGACAAGACCCCGUCCAAACUCUACCCUAACCUCACAUCCAUGCCCAAGAUGGACAAGCCAGACGAAAAGGAGCUCAAGGCCGCCACCUACCAGCUCAGGUACCUCGAGGAACAGCGCUACUCGCCCUACUGGCCCGUUCUGGAGGAGCGCAAGCAGGCCGACCUGACGAGGUUCACCGACCGGUACCGGCCCGAAGCUCGCGAGGCGCCCUCGCUCAAGACCAUCAAGAUGCAGGAGGAGGUUUUUCCAAAGGGCCUCUGGAGCUCGUUUAUGGAGGGCGAGACGAAGCGGGAGGAGCUCAAAGCGAGCAAGAAGAGGAAGCGCAAGGUCAAUUGGGACAAUCUCGACCUCGAAGACGGGCAAGGGGGCGACGCCGACGACCGGGGCGAAGGCUCUUCGGAACCAGAGGACCUGGGCGACUACGAGGACGAGGAGGACGACGACUAUGCCGAAAACUACUUUGACAAUGGCGAGGACGACGACGGCGGAGACGACGACGGCGGCGAGGCCCAGUUUGACUGA